ACCGUGGAAGCGGUACGAACGCUCGGCGAAACGCCGGGGCGCCCGCGGACUCCACAGUGCGUGCACAGCGGUAUAAUGACGGAUGAUUUUUGCCUCGGGCACCCGUGUACUCAGUCGCAAAUUUCAAGCCGUCGCCGAUGUUAGCGUACACACCUCACGCUCGGGAAUAAUUUCUCCGCCGCGCGCGCCGAGGGACGAAUGAAUGUUCGAGGACGCUGCCAGAGAUUUUAGCCCCUCGCACUCCUCCACCCCUUUGAAUCGGAAGGCGCAUAUCUCUCAAGUACGCAGUCCGCAAACGGCAUUCGCACGCCCGGCCCGCAGGCUGCCAGUCGACUAAAGCACUGUGGAAAAGGAGAGUGAAAUCUCCCCGCCUAUCCAGCGUGUGUGUGACGUGUGGGCGCCGGUGUAUAUCGCUCAGCUGCAGAGCACGAUGAGCGGUUAUCUGGAGGACCUGUCGGAUAGCCAGCGGGCAGCCCUCGACCGGUUCCGGACAGCCAUAGCGGAUGUUCAUGGCAAGCGUACGGACCGUUUUCUGCUGCGAUGGCUGCGAGCUCGAGAGUUCGACGUGUCCAAGGCCGAGGACAUGUUUCGACGGGACGUCGAGUGGAGGUCAAAGAACGGAAUGGGCAGCAUCUUGGAGGAUUACCAGCCGCACGAGCUGAUUCAGCGUUACUUCCCUGGCGGCCUGCUGGAAUGCCAUUCCGAGGGACACCCGCUCUUCUUGGUGCCUAUUGGGAACGUCGACAUUAGAGGGUUCCUGCAAAUAUUGCCCGCGGCGGCCGUGGUUCGCCACCUUGCCUACAUGCUCGAGAGCGGAGAGAGCUUGAAAGAACGCGUCUCGCUCAAGAUGGGGCGGCCUGUGGAGACGACGUACAUUGUGCUAGACUUCGAGAACUUCAGCCUCCGGCAACUGUACUCCUGGGAAGCCAUGACGCUGCUCACGGACAUGUUGAGUGUCUACGAGGCCCACUACCCGGAGAUUCUAGAGAAGGCCCUGGUCAUCAACGCGCCCAGCUUUUUCCCGCUGGUCUGGAGGAUCGUGCGUCCCUUUCUAUCGCAGAGAACGGUGGACAAGGUACUUAUUUUUGCGAAGGACGGCUGGCGAGAAAUAAUGCGGGACACCUUCGAACCCGAGAGGCUCCCCAAGCACUGGGGCGGUGACAUGCUGGGUCCGGACGGGGAUCCGCGCUGCACGGACAAGGUGUGCCCUGGUGGCCAGGUGCCGAAGUGCCCGCAGAUGGGUCCGGACGCUUUCAGUCAGGUCAUCUCGAGUCGGGACGCCUGGGAGCUGCGAGUGCCCGUCCAACAGUCACAGAGCCUACUGCGAUGGAACUUCCACGUGCAGCGAGGGGAUCUGGCUUUCGACCUGCGCUACCUGCCGCCUAAGGACGACAAAAAACCGGAGGCCUCGGAGGAGCCGCUGACGAAGACGCAACGACUCACAGGGCAGCAGGAAGGCAGCCUCCGCUGCGACAAACCGGGCACAUACGUGCUGCACUUCGACAACUCGUUCAGCUGGCUGACCAGCAAGAACCUGACGUACACCGUGGAGGUUCAGCCACCGGACGAAGCCCCCUAAAGAUACUCGGUACCACCCCACCAGACGACACGUCGCCGGACGUACACGUGACGGACCACGGACGCCACCCACAACCGUAGUCACCAAGGCGGCGCCCACUGCAUUCAUGGACACACUUCCAAUGCUCUCGAGAGAGGGAGAGUAAACAUUUAUUCCCAUCCAAAAA